AUGAGCUGCUCCUGCCGAACAACAACUCUGGGCAUUUUCGUUCGGAGCUUAACUGGCCUCCGAGUGUCCAACACCACCGCCAGCCACUUAUUCCCCGCGCUGAAUCCGCAAAGGACACAGCCGGCCUUCCGGAGCCUGCGAGCUGGUCCUCCCAUCGCCCGACAGUUUGGUGCCACCGCGCUGAGAACACAGAACAAGGAUGGGUCUGGGGAGGAAGAAGACGGGCACGCGAGCAAUCAUGCGGCGACAGCCAGCAGUUCCAGCCAAGAGCUGCCUGUCUCCUCGGAACUCUUAGACAGAGGGAUGGCCAACGGCGCCAUUCUAGACUUGUCACCCGAAUCAAUCUCGGCACUGAGCCAAAGCACACCACGAUACUCGGACAGGAAACGAGGCCCACGCAAAUUCGCCGAUGACCACACGGGCGGACCAAAGCUACGUAGCGGCAACAGCAGUCAACUCUACAGACGAAAGAUUCUGCCCAAGGAGGAGAAGACCCAGCAUGUCACGGCCGACCAGGCGCGACCAGAGAAGGAAACAUGGCAGAUCCAGAAGACUGCGUUGACGCAAAAGUUUCCCGAAGGGUGGAGUCCACGAAAACGGUUGUCUCCCGACGCGCUCGACGGCAUCAGAGCCCUGCACGCGCAGUUUCCCGAGGAAUAUACCACCGAGGUGCUCGCCAAGAAGUUUGAGGUCUCGGCCGAAGCGAUUCGCCGCAUCCUCAAGAGCAAGUGGCAGCCGACCACGGAGGAGGACAUUGAUCGCCAGGACCGCUGGUUCAAGCGCGGCAAGCGUAUCUGGGGCCACAUGGCGGAGCUGGGCAAGAAGCCGCCUCGGCGCUGGCGCAAGGAGGGCGUUGUGCGAGACCCGAGCUGGAACCAGAAGAGGUCAGGCCCGCGCACAGAGUAUCCGUACAUGCCGCAACGGCCAGCGGAGGACCUUGAGGAGGAGAAUGAGAGUCCUCAUAAGAAGCUUGGCGAUAAUCUAGUGUGA